AUGGAAGCGGAAGAACUUGAAUUAAAGGAAGCUUUGAAGGAGCUUAAGAAGAAGGAAUUGGAACGCAGAAAAGAAGCAUCGAAUGACCGAAAUACAGGAAACGAUGAGGACGCGUACAAACCAAGUGCCAUCUAUAUAUCAAAUCUACCAAAACAGGCCAAUGUCGAAAACGAACUAAUAUAUGAAUUCUCAAAGUUUGGCAAGAUCAAAAAAGAUCAAGAUGGCAACGUAAAGUUCAAAGUCUACAAGGACGAUGAUGGUGAAAUGAAAGGUGAUGCUCUUAUCGUGUAUGCUAGGCAUGAAAGUGUGCCCAUUGCUAUUCAAAUGAUGGAUGGAUAUGAGUUUGAUGGAGCUAAAAUUAAGGUAGAAGUUGCAACUUUUAAGAAUGAAAAGAAGAGGAAAUAUGACAAACUGACCAAUGAUCAAGAGAGUCAAUCGUCUUCUCGAGCGACGAAACUUCUAAAGAAAAAUGACACAGUAGAAGAAGUGGCCUCUCAUCUGAGCGACUCGGAUGACGAAUCGCUAAAACGAGCGAGGACCAUCGUUAUAGCCAAUUGCAUAGAUUUGUAUUAUGAUCUUGAUGGCGAGGAGCUGGUCGAAGAGCUCAACGAGAUUCGACUCGACCUGCUAGAUGGUUGUAAGGCAACGGGCCCAGUAGAAAGAAUACAAUUGAAUGCAAGACAGGGAAAAGCGACAGUUAUCUUUGAGAAGGAGAGAGAUGCCCAAGAGUGCUGUCGAAAAAUGAACAAAAGGUUCUUUGGUGGAAGAGAGUUGGCGGUGUUUAUGUUGAACGAAGAAGACGUUUCUCAGUCGAGUAAUAGUGACGAGGAAUUUCCUGAGGAGCUUCUCGAGGAUGAUGUGGUCGAGUUCUAA